AUGCCGUGUGUGGCCGACUGGCUCAACAACCCCUUCAGCAUCGUACAAGGCAUCUUCGCCCAAAAUGUUCCCAACUCUGACUGGGAAAAGAAGGUAACCGAAUACUUCAAGGAGAAAUUAAAAGAAAAUAAUGCUACUAACUGGGUGCCAUCACUGAAUGAUGUUCCUGUACAUUACCUAAAACCCAACAGCUUAGUGAAAUUCCGCUGCAUGGUUCAAGAUAUGUUUGAUCCUGAGUUUUACAUGGGAGUGUAUGAAACAGUGGACCCAAACACAAAUGCACGUGUUUUGCAUUUUGGUAAAUACAGAGAUGUGGCAGAAUGUGGGCCUCAGCAGGAAAUUGAUCUGAACUCAUCACAAACCAUCACCUCUGAGAGACAGACUUUCUACUGUGUUCCAGUGCCUGGUGAAUCAGUAUGGGUGAAAGAAGCAUACAUUAGUGCCAGCCAAGCUCGAGUUAGUCCUUCAACAUCCUACACACCAAGUCGCCACAAGAGGAGCUAUGAGGAAGAUGAGGACAUGGAUCUACAUCCAUCUAAACAGAAAGAGCAACAUAUGGGCAGUGGAAGUGAGAUCCAUGGAUGUGUGGAGCCAAAGAGAUUAGAAACAGAAGCUUCUGCAGGUCAUCAUCUCACUUCUCCUAACUGCUCCUCUCCGCUUGACUUAAAUUUUCCGUUGCCAGGAGAGAAGGGACCGGCGUGUCUUGUAAAGGUCUAUGAGAGCUGGGAUAGCUUCAAAGUCAACGAUGUCCUGGAGGUUUAUGGGAUUUUGUCUGUGGAUCCAGUGCUGAGUAUAGUAAACAAUGACGAGAGGGAAGGCUCAGCCUUGGAUCUUAUGGAGUGUAUGGACACAGCAGAAGAACAGAGAGUACACAGUCCUCCAGCCUCAUUAGUCCCCAGAAUCCAUGUGAUUUUGGCACAGAAAUUACAGCACAUUAACCCCUUACUACCUGCCUGCCUUAAUGAAGAGAGCAAAACCUUUGUCUCUAAUUUCAUGUCUGAGCUGUCGCCAGUGAGAGCAGAGUUGCUUGGGUUCCUCACCCACGCCCUCCUGGGAGAUAGCUUGGCUGCUGAAUACCUUAUAUUGCAUCUCAUCUCAACAGUCUAUGCCAGACGAGAUGUGCUUCCUCUGGGGAAAUUCACCCUCAACCUGAGCGGCUGUCCCCGCAACAGCAUCUUCACGGAGCACAUCUACCGCAUCAUCCAGCAGCUUGUUCCAGCAUCCCACCGCCUGCAGAUGACCAUCGAGAGCAUGAAUCGUUCCCGGCUGAUCCCACACAAAGACUACGCAGCCAACCGCUUGGUCAGUGGAGUGCUGCAGCUUGCCAGCAACACCUCCCUUGUGAUAGAUGAGACCCAGCUCGAGCAAGGACAGCUUGACACCACAGGUGUGCACAACGUGACAGCACUGGGGAAUCUGAUCACCUGGCAGAAGGUGGAUUAUGACUUCAGUUACCACCAGAUGGAAUUCCCAUGCAAUAUUAACGUCCUGAUCACUUCAGAGGGCCGCUCGCUCCUACCGUCAGAUUGCCAAGUCCACUUACAACCACAGCUCAUUCCACCCAACAUGGAAGAGUACAUGAACAGCCUCCUAACAGCAGUGCUCCCUUCUGUGCUGAACAAGUUCAGAAUUUACCUAAGCCUACUGAGGCUGCUGGACUACAGCAUAUCUGAGGAAGUGACCAAGGCAGUAGAAGAAGACUUUGUAGAGAUGCGCAAGAGUGACCCUGAAAGCGUAACAGCUGAUGACCUGCACAGAACCCUGCUUGUGGCAAGGUUCCUGUCCCUCAGCGCGGGGCAGACGACGCUGUCGAGAGAGCGGUGGCUGAGAGCAAAGCAGCUGGAGGCACUGCGCAAAGCCAGGCUGCAGCAGCAGAAAUGUGUGAAUGGGAAUGAACUUUAACAGCCUCUCUGACAUUGGUCUAAUCCUAGGUGGAGCCCAUACUGAGAUUGGAAGGUUGUUUAUACCAGGUUUUGUAGAUAAUUUAUACCAAAAAGCUGUGGCUAUUUCCCCUGGCAGGCUGGCCACACUUAACUCUGUUCAGCCACUUAAACAGACUUUAUGCCCUUUUUUUGGAGCCUGUUUUGUAACUGAAAAAUUGGUAAC